GCACCCCCUCUGCGGCCACCGUACCGGGUACACUGGUCACCAUAGUAACGAAACGCGCUAGAUAACUUUACAUCGUAGCGAGUUAGUAUUUCUCUAAAUAUAUACGAUUUCUCAUUCCCUCCGUGACACGGGUUGUUGUUUGGUCAGCCAUGAAUGCAGAGAUAGUUUCUUCACUUCUAACUCAAGAGGUGCCAGCGGGGACCACUUCCGCCGCAGCAGUUCCUGUGGAUCACCUAGACUACGGCUACAUUGGCAAAUGCACUGAUGAUAAAUACUUGGGGAAGAUUCUGAGGGUGCUAAGGUCUGGAGAUGAGGGCAUCUAUCCCCAUCUGAUACAGUUCUGUGAGAGUCGUCUGGAGAGGUUGGACCCUAAAAGUCGUGCCCUCAGAAAGGACAACCCCCCAGCCACCGCCGCCUGCUUCUCUGGAGAGGAAUGGGGUCAGAUCACGGACGAACUCAAGAAGUGGGAGACAGAUGCUAAAAUGAGUGAAACUGCGCUGAAACAACAGUCUAUAUCCCAUGAUCUUGAAACUGAGAAUCUACCCCCAGUACGUGGAUCAAGUUGCUCUAUUCCUCUCAAGCAGAAUACAGUUUCAAAUGGACAGGAGAAAACUGCACAGAAGAAGGUUCUGCCUCGUAAUUAUAUAGAAUGGGACAAGUUUGAUGUCGACAAGGAGUGUGAUAAAAUUGAUGGAAAUUUAACAAAAAAGGAUCCCCCUGCAAUUGUAAACUCUAGACAUCCAAAAAUCAGGAGCAAAAUGGAUACAACAGCGUUGACUGAGCAGGAGAAAAGCCUCGUUGCCAACCGCGAGAAGGAUAAAGGCAACGAGGCCUUCAAGGCCAACGACUAUGAGGAAGCUGUGGUGUAUUAUACAAGGAGUCUGUCAGUGGUACCAACCGUAGCCGGCUACAACAACAGAGCCCAGUCAGAGAUCAAACUGCAACACUGGCACAAUGCCCUCAACGACUGUCAGAAGGUACUGGAGAUGGAGCCAGACAAUAUGAAAGCUCUCCUCCGCAGGGCCACAGUGCUGAAACAACAGGGAAACUAUCAGAGGGCUGCUGAAGACCUGAGGAACGUCCUGCAGACCGAACCACAGAACAUCACUGCUACUAAACUUCUGGUUGAGGUGGAUAAGAGACUAAUCCAGUGUCAACCGGAGACGGAACGUAAAAGCAAGAAGAUCCUGAUUCAGGAAGUGGAGGAGGAUGAGAUACGGGAAGAGCAGAGAGAAGUGACUGACCUCCAGCCCAGUCCUGGAGACCACCAGUUAGAAGUGUCUGACCUCCAGCCCAGUCCUGGAGACCACCAGUUAGAAGUGUCUGACCUCCAGCCCAGUCCUGGAGACCACUAUCCUGGAGACCACCAGUUAGAAGUGACUGACCUCCAGCCCACUCCUGGAGACCACCAGUUAGAGGUGACUGACCUCCAGCCCAGUCCUGGAGACCACCAGUUAGAAGUGACUGACCUCCAGCCCAGUCCUGGAGACCACCAGUUAGAAGUGACUGACCUCCAGCCCAGUCCUGGAGACCACCAGUUAGAAGUGACUGACCUCCAGACCACCAAUAACAACCUCGACGCCCCUUGUGGGGCACUGCCCCCGCCGUUGGCCCGGCUCAAGAACGAGGGAAACCUGUUCUUUAAGAAUGGACAGUUUGCUGAUGCGCUGGACAAAUAUUCACAGGCCAUCACGGGCUUCACAGACUCAGGAUUGGACAGUCCUGAGGACCUGUGUGUGCUCUACUCUAACAGAGCAGCCUGCUACCUGAAAGAUGGAAACAGCUCUGAGUGUAUACAGGACUGCACCAGGUCCUUGGAGCUGCAGCCCUUCUCCCUCAAGCCCCUCCUACGCAGAGCCAUGGCUUAUGAGACUAUGGAGCGGUACCGACAGGCCUACGUGGAUUACAAAACCGUGCUGCAGAUAGAUAUCAGUGUGCAGGCUGCACACGACAGUGUCAACAGGAUCACGCGGUUACUGAUAGAGCAGGACGGAGAACAGUGGAGAGAGAAACUACCUGAGAUCCCUCUGGUCCCACUAUCAGCUCAGCAGCACCGCAGGGAGGAACCACCCAGCGCUGAGGUCCUACAGGCCAGAGCAGAGAAGGCCAAGCAGCACGCAGCUCAAAAAGCAGAAGUCUGUUUCAAUUCGCUGAAACAAGAAGGAAAUGAGUUUGUGAAGAAAGGUCUGUUCCAGGAGGCUCUGAGGACGUACAGCGAAUGCCUUAAGCUGAAGCCAGAGGAAUGUCCCAUCUACACCAACCGAGCGCUGUGCUUCCUAAAGCUAGAGAUGUUUGCUGAAGCCAAGCAGGACUGUGACUCUGCCCUGAGGCUGGAGCCAGCCAAUAAGAAGGCCUUCUACAGACGGGCCAUGGCCAACAAAGGCCUCAAGGACUACCUGGCGUGCAGCUCUGACCUACAGGAGGUGCUACAGCAGGAUCCCAACGUAGCGGAGGCUGAGAAGGAGCUGGAGGAGGUCACGCUGCUGCUCAGACAGAGUCUGGCCCGGGGAUCACCUAGCAACCCCAGGAGGACUGUACCCAUCACUGAGGUUGAGGGGACUGAGGACGAAGACUGUCAGGCUGCAGAGCCAGACAGGACCAGAGCAGCAGAAUCAGAGACAGCAGAAACAUCAACAACAUCCACGUCAACCCCAGGCCCAGCAGAGAACCACUGUGGAGGAGGCGGAAGAGGAGGAGAGGAGGAGGAGGCAAUAACCAUCAACCUCCAGCCCUCGAACGCCUAUGAAUUCAACCAGUCCCUGAACGCAGCGCGGGCCCAGUCCAACCUCCCAGCCUGUGCUGAGCUGCUGAGCCGUGUUCCCCCUGAGACUCUGCCCGUCUACCUCAGUAAUCAGCUGGAUGGACACACAGUCAGUUUCAUUAUGCAGAGCCUGGACACACAGCUCCUACAGAAGGACCCUGACCUCGUCUACCAGCACCUCAGCCAUCUACACACUGCUGACAGGUUCUCGGUCGUCGUGAUGCUGCUAAAGAGUGAACAUGAUCAGAUGACUCGACUGUUUGACCGUCUGUCCGCUGUGGACAGUGAUGCCUUCAGUAAAAACGAUGUGCAGAACCUGGCCAACAAGUACAUCUGACCUCUAACCUCUGACCCUGUCUGGCCUGCUGGAGCGCAUCCCAAAUCGGUCCCUAUUACCGAGUGCACUAUGGAGGGAGUAAGGCACCAUUUGGCAACGUCGCAGCUGACUUUAAAUACGAGUGCAGACUGCAAAUCACCUUGCGUCAUAAAUAACUACUCAAUAUUAUUUUGUAGGUCAAGUCACAAUUUACCCAUGAUACACCACGGUUUUGAUGUUCUCAAACACGACCCUUCACUCUGUCCUGCGUGAAGCUCCCAACAUGACGUACUGGAUCUAUGCAACGUUGCACAACACGACUCAGAAGAUGCUGAACGUGCUCAGAGCAUUACGGACCCAAACCGACUCAGAAGAUGCUGAACGUGCUCAGAGCAUUACGGACCCAAACCGACUCAGAAGAUGCUGAACGUGCUCAGAGCAUUACGGACCCAAACCGACUCAGAAGAUGCUGAACGUGCUCAGAGCAUUACGGACCCAAACCGACUCAGAAGAUGCUGAACGUGCUCAGAGCAUUACGGACCCAAACCGACCCGUUUAUUUCUCUCGGUGUAAUAUAUCACAUCUCUACCGACCUCUACUAGGUAUUUCUCUCUCUCCAAAGACCUUUUUCACCCUGAUCUGUUUUAGAGUUAGUUCGACCGGCAGUAUAUGUUGAAAUGUUGUGAACUAUUUAGCUGUUAAAAAACAUUAAUGCAUAAGGUCCAAUGUUCCAAGAUAUCUGUCCGCAUUUCCCUGCUGGGUCCGUGUUCCGCGGGCCAGGUCCGUGUUCCGCGGGCCAGGUCCGUGUUCCGCGGGCCAGGUCCGUGUUCCGCGGGCCAGGUCCGUGUUCCGCGGGCCAGGUCCGUGUUCCGCGGGCCAGGUCCGUGUUCCGCGGGCCAGGUCCGUGUUCCGCGGGCCAGGUCCGUGUUCCGCGGGCCAGGUCCGUGUUCCGCGGGCCAGGUCCAUUCUCCAGCCUGCUGAACCUUUUCAAAUCAGAUAACAACCAUAACAAUGUAUGACUACUUUUCCAGGCUGCUUUGACUGGCCAAUAGGAUGGUUGAUUUGUUUCGCUGCUUUGACUGGCCAAUAGGAUGGUUGAUUUGUUUCGCUGCUUUGACUGGCCAAUAGGAUGGUUGAU